UGUCGUCGUUUUCCAUUCCAGACCGGCUCCGUCUUUGCAGUGGCAGCCCACCGACAGAAGGAAGGAGGAUCCGGACCGAGAAGGACGAACGGCGCGUCUUCAGGAACGGCACGUGUUUCCACAAGCGUCUCUACGCGGCGACGUUCUCCGAGUCCUCUGCAUAAUGUCCCGCGAGCGUGAGCCCCGUCACCGCACGGCUGGAUCGUCAGCGUCCGUGCGUGCUCCACGCGGUGUCUGCAAUGGAGAGAAGCGUCUGGAGUGUCCAGUGUGCGAGAAGCAGUUCGCCUCAAGAAGUAAGCUAGAAGCGCACCUUCGGACCCACACCGAGGAGAAGCCCUUCGAGUGCACAGUUUGCAGGAAGAGCUUCACUGAAAGUGGAAAUCUCAGAAGGCAUCUUCGGACCCACACCGGGGAGAAGCCUUUCGAGUGCGCAGUUUGCAGGCAGAAGUUCAGUCGAAGUGGUAGUCUCAGAGCACACCUUCGCACACACACCGGGGAGAAGCCUUUCGAGUGCAAAGUUUGCAAGAAGAAGUUCACUCAAAGUGGAAGUCUCAGAACGCACCUUCGCACCGACACCGGGGAGAAGCCAUUUGAGUGCACAGUUUGCCGGAAGAAGUUCGCUCAAAGUGGAGAUCUCAGAGCACACCUUCGCACACACACCGGGGAGAAGCCUUUCGAGUGCAAAGUUUGCAAGAAGAAGUUCGCUCAAAGUGGACAUCUUAGAGUACACCUUCGCACCCACACCGGGGAGAAGCCUUUCGAGUGCACAGUUUGCAAGAAUAAGUUCAAUGAAAGUGGAGAUCUUAGAAAGCACCUUCGCACGCACACCGGGGAGAAGCCUUUCGAGUGCACAGUUUGCAGGAAUAAGUUCAAUGAAAGUGGAGAUCUUAGAAAGCAUCUUCGCACGCACACCGGGGAGAAGCCUUUCGAGUGCACAGUUUGCAAGAAGAAGUUUGUUCGUAGUGGACAUCUUCGAACUCACCUCCUGACGCACACCCGGGACACGCAUCGUGAGUGAAUAAGUUUGGACGAGCUUUAACUUCAGGACUUUGUUCACACGGCGCAUCAUUUAUGCUAUUCACUUUAAUCAAUUCUGUUUGAAAGAACGUUGGAACAGCGUCAAAGCCAUUGUGGCCAUGAUUCCUAUUUUUCUUCAGUGCUCUUGGUACUGCUGUAACUUGUGCCAGUUGACAGAUACUCACUGUUUACAUUGAAUCCAAGCCUUUCAUGGUCCUUGUGUGGACGCCUAGUCGCUCCGUGCAAUUUCACUGGUUAAGGGAGCAAUGGCGCUUUGUGCACGGUUUUUAAUUUUUUCCAACUUUUUGUUUUGACCCCAAUGAAAAAUAUUGGCAUGAAUGCUGAACACUAACAGCGGUACCCUAAAGCACAAACAUUUUACAACUAUUUCAAAACACAAAUUUUUUUUAGCACCUAAUCAGGGAGGAAUAUGGUGCACGUUAAAAAGGUCUGCAAAAUUCUGAAUGGUGUCACUACGCUCACGAUUUCAUCUGAAGUUUGAUUUUUUUUUUUGCUAUCGGUAAGCUGUAUCUGAAACAGCAUAAAAUUCCCUAAAAAUGAACCCCAGGGGCCAAAAUUGGUCAGAAAAUACUGCUAUAUAUUUAGUAUCGGACGA